AGACUUCACCUUAGUUUCUUCGGCGCUGUUGCAUCGUUCCUUUGCAUUCAUUGACAUCGAACGAGACGAAUAAGUGAGAGCAAGAGAAAGACAGAAGGAGGAAGAAGAGGAGAAAGAAAAAGUGAGACAGAGAACCUGACAACAGGACAUCAUUGUCGUCAGCUGCUACUACUACAUCCUUAAGCUUUACACUUAUCGAGGAAUAAUUGUAAAAAAGGACAAGAAAAACAAGGAGACAGGGUAAAAAGCCUAUCUCAAACGAACAAGCAAAAACCCACCACUAUACGCAUGAAUUUUUUCUCUUCGUGCGUAACUUCUAACUGAAAGAGAGAGAAACAAAAGGAAAGACAAACCGCGGCUCGUUGAAAAGAAGAAACUAAAUUCUAACACCGUUUACGGUUAACGGGAGGCGGAUUAUAAGGCAGAAAGGAGCUCACCAGAGAUACUAAAUUCAAUCAUGGCGCCGAAUAUUACGAGCAGCCCAACAACUGGUGUUUUAUUCGAAGGAGAAAAAUUGGACGAUCAGCCAGUGGUCGAUUUGCCCAAGGAAAAAGAAAAAUAUAAAAAAAGUAUAGUUUGGAGAAAUGUUGCAAUAUUUACCGGUCUUCACAUUGGUGCUGUUUAUGGUUUAUAUCUUAUAUUCACGUCCGCCAAAUUGUUAACCACGCUUUUUGCAAUUCUACUUUACAUAUGCUCGGGAAUUGGCAUUACAGCAGGAGCUCACAGAUUAUGGGCACACAGAUCAUAUAAAGCAACGUGGCAACUUCGAUUAAUUCUUAUGAUAUUCAACACUAUAGCAUUCCAAGAUGCGGCUAUCGAUUGGGCAAGAGACCACAGAGUUCAUCAUAAAUUCAGCGAAACUGAUGCCGAUCCACAUAACGCGAAAAGAGGUUUCUUCUUUUCACAUGUAGGUUGGUUACUCCUCAGAAAACAUCCGGACGUUAAGAAAAAAGGCCAAGGAAUUGAUUUGAGCGAUCUCAAGAGUGAUCCUAUCAUUGCAUUUCAAAAGAAAUAUUACUUUGUAUUGAUGCCUACGUUGUGUUUUAUCCUGCCAAGUUUAAUACCCAUGUAUUUGUGGAACGAAUCUUUUCUCAAUUCUUAUUUCAUUCCCGUUGUAUUUCGUUACGUCUUUACUUUAAACAUGACGUGGCUGGUUAACUCUGCUGCUCAUCUUUUUGGAAAUAAACCUUACGACAAAUACAUCAAUCCGUCGGAAAACAAAGGAGUAGCAUUAAUGGCAAUGGGCGAAGGUUGGCACAAUUACCAUCACGUAUUCCCAUGGGAUUAUAAAACAAGCGAGUUGGGUAAUUACAGGCUUAACCUGACGACCGCGUUUAUCGAUUUCUUUGCGAAAAUAGGCUGGGCCUAUGACCUAAAAAGUGUAUCGAAAGAUAUGAUUAAAUCGCGAGUAAUUAGAAGCGGUGAUGGUACACACGAUGUUUGGGGUUGGGGUGACAAGGAUCAAACGCAAGAAGAAAAACAGCACGCCGUAUUCACUUAUACUAAUGCUUCUUCUACGAAGGAUCAAUAACUAUGUUUAUUUCUCUUUCUCUGUCUCUCUUUUUCUCUAUUUUUCCUUAUAUUUGUUUAUUUCUUUUUCUUUCGAGAG